UGCGUGAGGCAACUUAAUAUGACUACUGCUUCACGUCUCAAGACAUCUCACUUCCAGCUGAAACCUCCCCACAUCAACAAACUCCAAGACAGCCUGCGGACCAAAUUCAUUUGUGUAACCAUCAUGGGCAGUUGAGAAAAACAGGCCAGUUAUCUGCUGUUUGGAGGACAGAAGGUUAGCAAUACUCUGAGCGUCCAUCCUCUCUUCACACUCAGGCCGUCCAGCAAGUUUCCAGCACCAUGGCUGAGGAAGAAUAUGGCAGCUUUGUGGACUGGAACCAGAUGGGAGAUCUGGCCAAGAGCAGCGGGCCCACCAAGGUGGACUGUCAAGACCUGAAGGAGUUCAAAAAGAUGGCUCGGCAGGGUUACUGGGCCAAAAACCACAAACUACGGGCUCAAGUCUACGAGCAGCUCAUCAAAACUAUCCCCUGUCGUACAGUUACCCCAGAUGCAGAAGUAUAUCGAGACAUUAUGGGAAAUGCAGGCACUAAGAAGCCCUCCUCCAACAUCCCACUUCCAGAGUUUGUGGAUGGAAAUGCUCUGCCUCUGUACUGCCUGAAAGCGGAGGCAGUAACCUCAGCACAUCAGAUUAUAAACUGCGUGGCUGGACAGUUUCCAGAUAUCUCCCACUGCCCGUCUCUACCUGCUAUCACUUCCAUGCUCCUGCACUUCAGCAAAGAUGAAGCUCAGUGUUUUGAGCUCGUCAGCCGCAUAUUAGCCUGCAACGAGCCCGGCAAACGGCUGCUUGACCAGACUUUCCUGGCCUUUGAGUCCAGCUGCAUGACUUUUGGUGACUUGGCCAUCAAGUACUGCCCUGCCAGCCACAAACUGAUCGUGGCCACAGCCCAGGACGCACUGGAAGUCUACACAGACUGGCAGCGCUGGGUACUGUUUGACCUGCCUUUCAGCCACAUGGUCAGGGUCCUGGACGUCUACCUAGUGGAGGGCUACAAGGUUCUCUUCCGUAUGGCUAUAGCACUGCUCAAGUUCUACCGCAAACAUAAAGCAGAGGCCCAGGGAGGAGAGGGCAGCCAGCCGCAGGAUUCAGGGAAAGUCAGGGCGGACAUUCAAGUUUUCAUCAAGGGCAUCGCCUCAACCGUCACCCCCGAAAAGUUGCUCGAGAAAGCCUUCUCCAUCCGCAUGUUUAGCCGUAAGGAGAUCACCCUGCUGCAGCUCACCAAUGAGAAGUCCCUGCAGCAGAAAGGAAUCACUGUCAAACAGAAGCGUCCUAGGCGGAACGUGCAGCUGGCUCUGAACCCCGACACCUUCUCCUCGGAGAUCGUCAGCGCCAAGGAGAUGCGGGACAUCUGGUCGUGGAUCCCUGAGCGCUUUGCCCUGUGCCAACCACAGCUGCUCUUCACCACUUCUAACCACGGGUGCAGCCUGAACAGGUUCUACCAGCAUUGUGAAGGCUACGAACCCACUCUGCUCCUCAUCCGGACCACAGAUGGCGAUGUAUGUGGAGCCUUCCUGUCCACAGACUGGCAGGAGCGGAAGAGAGGAGGCAACAAAUUGAGCUUCUUUGGGACAGGGGAGUGCUUUGUCUUCAGGAUGAAGCCAGAGAUGGAGCACUUUGAGUGGGUGGUGAUCCGCCACCCUGAGUUGGCGUCCUCCAGCAACGCUCAAAGCCAGGAAGAGCCGGCCUCCUCUGAGGGUCAGAACUCUGAGAACAACGGCUUACAGCAGCCAGAGAAACCUGCUGGAGACCUGUCGCCCUUCCUCUCCGCCCGCCACUUCAACCUGACCUCCAAGAACACUUCCAUGUUCAUGGCCGGCAACUUUGACUCCAUCAUAGUGGGCGGGGGGGACGGCAACGCUCUGUACAUCGACUCUGAGCUCAACCACGGUCGCGCUGGCCGCUGCGCCACCUUCGACAACCCCCCGCUGUGUGCCGAGAGCUUCCAGGUUGCACUGCUCGAAACGUGGGGCUUCCAGGAUGCCAUGGCCUCAUAGUGCUGUACAUAACACACACACACACACACACACACACACACACACACACACGCGCACGCAUGCAUAUAGAUUAGAUCCAUACAGACACAUUCAUGUAGACAUAAUUUAACAUUUAAACAUUUAGAUAUAAAAUGUCCAGCAAAGUGUUUCGAGGUGGGAAACACAGGUAUGCAAACAGAUCUACAUCCGUCCUGCAAAUGCAUAAUAUAUGAUUAACAAUUUUGUAUUUAUUAAUGAAGUUAAUCCAGAUUUGAAAACAAAUGUGACAUUUUUAUUUGUUUUCUGUUUAUUUUUGUAUUUACAGAUUUUUUUUUUUAUGGUGUGCUCAUUAUGUUAAAGUGUCUGGUUAUACAGUAUGAAGGAAGUCAGGAUCAAAUCUAGAUAAGGAAGUUAGUUGUAUCCCGUCGGGUGUGGUUCGUUCAUGUUCAUGAGCUUAACAUUACAUUUUCUUAAUGUGAAGUCAGUGUUUUAUGAUCUGUGGUUCAUUUCAAUCUGCCAAAUUGUCUGUUUGGCUAUCUAAAGUCCUUAAAAAAAAAUGUACCAGGCCAUUAGAUAUUAGAAAUGAUGUGUGAAGUUGGUGAGAUGUUUUUAAAUGUCAAAAGCAAAGAUUUAAAUAUAGUGUUAGUGGAGUGAGGUCAGCUAAGUUUGAAUUAAGUCCUGACGCAUUUCCCCCCAUUUUGAUUUGCUGUAAAUAUUUGGGAGAUCUGCGAAUGUGGUAAAUGUUUGUGAAUCAAUGGUUUAUUUGAGUGUUUCCAUUUUGUAUCAUAUGUCAAAGCUUUCAUUUGAGUGAGUGGCAGUUUCUCCUUUGUGUUGUAUAUGAAUAUUUGUGUGAAUAAGAGAAGAUACUCAAGGUGUUUUUUGGUUUACAAGUAACGGAGAUCAUGCAGUUUGCUGAUCAAUCUCUAAGUCGUACCCUGCUUCUUCCGUCCUUUCCCUGGUGAAGAUAGUAACACAAGAAGUCCAAAUGUGUGCCGUGUUGGCAAAGUGUUGUUGGGGUAAUUAUAAACGCUGUUUUUAUGUAUAUGUUCAAACAUGUGCUUCAGUGAAAUAUCAAUUGAGUGAAUACAAAUGUAUCUUGUGAAAAUACAUGAUUUCAGUACAGUAA